AUGUCCUUCGAUCAUAUCCCAAUUCUCGACCUCUCUGAGGCCCGGAAUCCGGCUACCAAGCCCAAGUUUCUAGAGCAACUACUUCAUGCUCUGCUUGAAGUCGGGUUUCUGUACCUGAAGAAUGUAGGCAUACCAGAAGAGCUUACCCAGAAGGUCAUCAAGGAAGGAGUUGCGUUCUUCGACUUGCCGACAGAAGAAAAGUUAAGGAUCGAGAUGAAGAAUGCUCCAUCUUUUCUAGGGUAUUCACGACUAGAUGCCGAAAUCACAGCCCAUACGAUCGACCACCGAGAACAAAUCGACCUCUCUUCGAGUCACCCUGUACCCAGACCCGACGAACCCCUCUACCGCAACCUAAUAGCACCGAAUCAAUGGCCAUCUCCUUCAUUCAUCCCCGAGUUCCAAUCUACAUAUAGUGAAUACAUAUCCCGCAUGGGCGAGGUAUCUAUAUACUUCACAAGCUUAAUAGCUGAAGCAAUUGGUCUACCCGCCUCCUCUUUCAACAAAUACUUCGAAGCCAAUCAACAGCAUAAAUUGAAGAUCGUCAAGUAUCCCGACUUGCAAGAGCUAGGUUUGUGGAAAGAAGGAGAGCCAAUACCGGAAGGCCAAGGCGUGGGGCCUCAUAAGGAUUCCAUGUUGAGUAGUUAUCUUCUGCAGGUGACGAAGCAUAGAGGUUUGCAGGUGCAGAAUAUGAGAGGCGAGUGGAUUGAUUGUCCGCCAAUUGAUGGGACAUUGGUGGUUGCUAUUGGGCAAGGAAUGGAAGCUUUGACACAGGGUGUAUGCAUGUCGACUACCCAUCGAGUUCUAAGUCCUGCUCCAGGAACUGGGGCAAGGUUCUCUGUCCCAUUUUUUCAAGGUGUUAGUUAUGAUGCGGAGUUUGAUGAGUUGAACGAUCUUGAUGGCGGAGGAGGGGUUGGCAGAGUUCCAGAGAAGAUAAGGGAAAUGAGGAGGAAGGUUGUGGAGAGAAACGGCGGGAGGCUGGACGAUGUGGAAUUUACCUUCAAGGGUGGAUUCGGAGCGAAGACCCUAGGUGAAGCGACUCUGAAGAAUAGAGUCAAGAGCCAUCCCGACGUUGGCGAGAGAUGGUAUCCUGACAUAUUAGCAUCCAUCGGAGCCCAGCAAGCCAAGGAACGGGAAAAAGCUGCCAAGACCAAAGCAGCAACAUCAUCCAAAGAAGGCACGGCGGUGCAAGUAGAGAAUGCACCAGCCAUAGAGGCUCACUAG